UUACAGGCCAAAAAACAGAUGGAAGAACGCAGUACAGAGUAGGAGGAGAGAAAAGAGAGAGUUCAGGUUUGCACAGUGACUUUAGAUGUUUUUCACAGAGAUCCAUAAACGUCCUUCUGUGAGCCAUGCACCUGCUCCAUCAUCUGUUGUUCUUGACAAUGGCCUUUCACCUUGUUUUUGUCAUGAAGGGUGGAAGAGCCCAGCGUAAACAGAGGCAGGCUGAAGAAAAGUUAAGGCCAUAUUUGGGCAGAGUGGAUCCAGAAUCACUGUGUCAGUUGUUGAAAUGUCACAGUCCUAUUGGUUCCUUGUGUCAAGUAGUACAGGAGGGGGGAGUUCUCGCCCCUAAAUGUGUGUGUCCAAAGACCUGCCCACGGCAGGGGGCACCAGUGUGCAGUGUUUUGGGGAAGACGUACAGCAACGAGUGUCUGCUUCACAAGGAGGCCUGCCACAAAAAACGGCGCAUUGGCAAGGCACAUAGUGGAGCUUGUCUGGUGAGCAGGGCAGAGUGUUCUCAGGAAGAGUUCGGUCAGUUCCCGUACCGUCUGCUGGACUGGUUCUUACUCCUCAGCAGAAUGGGAGAAAGAUACACACCACCGGCACCCUCGCAAAGAUGCCUCACACACACACAGCGAACCCAGCUCGCACAGAGGAGGUUUGUUCUGUUGGAUCGUAACAGGGACGGGAAGCUAAGCAGGAGAGAUCUAAGAAAGCUUCACUAUAAGCGGAUGCCACUGGAGCACUGCGCUCAAAGAUUCUUCCAGUCAUGUGACAAGAACAAGAAUAAGAAGGUGACCCUGAGGGAGUGGACAUCCUGUCUGGUUAACCGGUCAGAACGCUGGUUUCAGGAUUUCAUGUCCGUGAAGAUGGGCUCACCAAAGCUGUGUCCUGUCCUAGACAACAACCUUUUAAUUUAGAUGUUUUAUCUGUGUGGAAUCAUAUUGUAAAGUACCGAUGAAACAGAAUCCUGAUCCGGUCCAUUACUGAUUAUCAAAAUCUGUAAUUAUUUGAUUUUUUUUCUAUAAAAAUGAUUAUAAAUCCUUAUAGUAUUAUUCAAAUGUAGUAUUUUUGUUAUAUGGAGGUAUAUGUAGGAACAAUAUGAAAAGUGGGGGAACUAAUAAUAAUUAUAAGCUUGACUAAUAAUGAAUAUUAAUUAAUUAGGUGACAUAACAUUCUCCUAGCAGUUAUAUGAUGGGAACAGCUAUCUAUUAUCAUUCCUAUGCUCUCCAAUGCUGCAUUUAUUUGAUGAAAAAUACAGUAAAAACUGUAAUAAUGUAAUAAAUGACUAUUUGAUUAUAUUUAAAAAUGUAAUUUAUUCCUGUGAUGGCAUAUACUGUAUAUACACAUUGGGCAUAUUACAAUGAUUUCCGAAGAAUUCAUGA